AGGAAGCGAAAUACGAAAGUAGGCCUAAAGUUUGUCUUUCCAAGCAAACCUACCUGAAUGUUUAUUUUUUUAUGGGAAUAAGUGAUUCUUCUCUAGAGGAAAACGUUUGAUCUUUACAAUAUAUAGAUCUAUUAAAAUUUCCCACCUUGGGUUCUUCUAAUAAUAUGUAGAUAUCUAAUCUAUAUCAGACUCGUUUCAACGGGCUGGGAAGCAACCUAUCCAUCAUUCGCAACCUUGCACCGGCUGUUGUGCCGCAAGUCAGUGUAAGGUUGUUUACUUGGUGGGGCUUGGUCUGUUCCUUGUUGUCCAAUAAUAUAGACUCUAGAAUCUAGAUCUAUCUAGUAAUUCGUAUCAAUUUUGGGCUACAUCCAAGCUCAGUCAGUUGACUCAUUGUGUUGUGUGGGCCUACAGCCCAGCAUCGAAAGUUUAACGGUAAAAUGGCUGGCACAGAUGAUAUCUAUGUGAAUAGCACUCUGAAUCUCAUCAGCAACCCAGCUAAUUUCCUUUCGUCGCUGAAAUCAGAUAAAGAAAAAUGUGAUGCAGAUGACCUGACUGCAAUGUGGUACCAUGGGAAGAUGUCAAGAAGUGCUGCUGAGAAUAUUUUACAUGAAGUGCUUCAGCGUUCUCCAGACACAAGUACGAGUACGGAUGGUACUUUCCUGGUACGUGAUCAGACUGGGUCUGAUGUUGACUUUGCCCUGUCUUUCCUGCACGACUCCCAGUGCUACCACUUCUACAUUAAGAGAGUCAAAGAAAUUUUCUUCUGCAUUGAGGGAGGCCCUGUUAUACAAGGUUUAGACAAGCUUAUAGAACAUUAUAUGGAUGUCUGUGACAGACUGCCCACAAAACUCACCAGACUUUGCAAAGGCAAGCUACCCCCUGCCAAAGUCCGCAGGGUGGGGCCAAACAAUUUUCUGCAUUUCCUCGUCAAAGAAAAUCGUGAGGACUUAGUCAAGAAAACCUUAUCACACCCACUUUGCCCUGACAUUGACGCCAAGAAUGAAGCUGGUUCCACAGCAAUGCACAUUGCAGCUUCCGGAGGGUAUGACAGCAUCGUAUCGCUUCUCUUAGGACAUCACGCUGAUAUCAAGACCAGAGACGCUGAUGGGGCCACGCCUUUACAUGGUGCCUGUGCCUUCUCCAGAGUGUCGACGUGUGCCCUGCUGGUGACCCACGACUGUAGCUGUGUGCAGGAGCGGAACCCCGUCAGUGGCUGUGUGCCUUUGCACACUGCAGCCAUGCAUGGCAGUGCUGAAUGUAUCAAGAUUCUCCUAAACUCCCGUGCUGCUCUCUAUCCCCGUGGUUUGAAGAAUGAAACGCCUGUGGAACUUGCCCUCAGCUACAGAAGAAAUGCUUGUGCCAGACUUCUUGAUGCCUAUACUGAACCUCCCAUGCUGACGAAGAAGGAAGACUGGUUCCACCCACAUCUAGAUAGACAGGGAGCGGAAAACUUCCUCCAGAGACAUCCACUGACAGACGGAUUGUUUUUGAUUUCCAAGAGUGAAAGUCCAAACUUCCGGCUGAGCCUUUGCGUGGAAAAAAGUGUCAAACACUACAAGAUUCUAGUGAAAGAGUACCGUGGUAAAACGGUGCACUUUAUGGAUGAUGGAGCUUAUCACCUUUCUCUGGAGUCCCUUGUGGAGCACUACCAAAGAUUCGAAGACGGUUUGCCGGUCAAACUGAAGUGUUCUGUAUCAGAAGCUAAUGCAAUUGUAGAUCUGACCAAGUCUCGGACUGCCCCAAAUCCAAAAACUGCCCCACAGCCCAGUAUCCCCUUGCCGAAAUCUUUGCCUCCUCAGCCCAAAUUGAAUCGACGACCUGUAACACCAGAUAUUCAGGCUCCAGCCCCCCCUUCGCCUUUACCUACGCAACAAGAAGAAAAAGAGACUUUGAAAGAGAUCAGUAAAAAGAACCUUAAAGUUGGAUGUGAGCUGGGAACAGGAGAAUAUGGAUCUGUUUACAAAGGUGUUCUUACAUUGGAGAAGAAAAGACUGUUCAGCAAAGAAAAGAUUGAAGUGGCCAUCAAGACAUUCCAUGCCGUGGGCAACUUGGAAGAUUUUAACCAGGAAGCUCACGUAAUGCAGUCCCUGAAGGACGACUUCAUCGUCCGUCUGCUCGGUGUUUGCUACGGUUCGCCACUUAUGUUGGUAGAGGAGUUUGUUCCCAUGGGCUCCAUGUUGUCCUAUUUAGAGGACUACCCACAGAAUGUGCGUGUGAAGCAGGAGCUCUACGUGUGGGCGGCACAGAUUGCGGAGGGCAUGAAGUACCUGGAGACCAAACAUCUGGUCCAUCGAGAUCUGGCAGCUCGGAACAUACUCCUGCGGAACAUACAUCAUAUAAAAAUCAGUGAUUUUGGUUUGUCCCGUGCCAUGAACAGUGACAAGGAGUAUUACAAAGCCUCCAAGGGAGGGCGAUGGCCCAUCAAGUGGUAUGCACCAGAGAGUGUCAACUACGGCCAUUUCUCCCACGCUAGCGAUGUGUGGAGCUACGGGGUCACUCUCUGGGAGAUGUUCUCGUAUGCAGCCUUGCCUUAUGAAGACAUGACGGGAGUGGAGGUUCUCAAGUUCAUCGAGGAUGGAAAUCGUCUGCAGCAGCCGGAGAAGUGCCCAGACGGGGUGUACGAGGUCAUGAUGAAGUGCUGGUCGUUUGAGAAGGUGGACAGGCCAACGUUUAAGUGGCUGAACAAACAUUUCGAUGAGGAGCCCGAGUACAUGAGUUCUAAAGAACUGAAUCGAGCUGCGAGGAAACAAUAGUUGGAGCUGUAGCUUGCUGUGCUCAUCCCAUGUUCACCUGAGUCUAUUGUUGAUGUAUUGAGAGAGAAAAACUGUCUGAAUCUUUUUUUCUUUGUGGCAAUAUAUUAAUUCUUAUUUUAAGAACUAUUUUCUUGUGAUUCUCAUGGAGGCAUUUCUGAAAAUUAUACAUCCAACAGUUCAGUUAGAAAUUAAAGGAUAUGUAGGACUGAAUAAAACCAAUUGGUUUUUUUUAAAUCUUCUUUUCCCAAGACAAUGGCUCAGCAGCUGUGGAAUGAGUAUUAGCUCUUGGAAAUGGUCAUCAUGUUUUUGCCUUAAUGACUCACAGUGUUCAUGAAGUGAAUAAUUAUUAUGUGGGCUUUCAGUGUUUUCAAUGUGGGCCUUGUAAAAAAAAAAGAAAUAAUAUGCACUGUCUUUUCUGUUACCAGUUAAUUUAUUUCAGAUUUACAAAA